AACCCUCUCUCUUCAUUUCACAACCAGCAGCCUCCUUCCCCUCACACUCUCUUCUCUCUCUCUCUCAGUUCAUCCUAUCAUCUUGAUCUCUUUUUUUAAAAUAAAAUUAAACCAAACGGACAAAUGGCAGAGGCACUUUUAUCGUCAAUUUUUGAGCAGUUAAGCACGGUCGUUGCUCAACAGGUACAGGAAGAAGUGAACCUAGUAGGGGGUGUGCAGAAACAAGUCGACAAGCUAAAAAGCAAUCUCCUUGCUAUCCAAUCUGUCCUUGAAGAUGCAGAUAGAAAACAAGUGAAGGAAAAGGCUGUAAGGGAUUGGGUAGACAAGCUCAAAGAUGUAUGCUAUGAUAUGGAUGACGUGCUAGAUGAAUGGAGCACUGCAAUUCUUAGAUGGAAAAUGGAGGAAGCUGAAGAAAAUACUCGCAGCCUACAGAAGAUGCGAUGUUCCUUCCUGGGAUCUCCUUGCUUUUGUUUCAAUCAAGUGGCUCGACGUCGUGACAUUGCCCUCAAGAUCAAAGAAGUAUGUGAAAAAGUGGAUGAGAUUGCCAAAGAGAGAGCUAUGUUUGGCUUUGAGUUGUACAGAGCCACUGAUGAGCUACAACGAAUAACGAGUACCUCCCUUGUUGAUGAAUCAAUCGUGCGUGGUCGAGAUGAUGAAAGGGAAGCCUUAGUAAGCAAGUUGCUGGGCGAAAGUAGUCAGGAAGCGCGGGACGUGGAUGUCAUCUCUCUAGUAGGGUUGGGCGGGAUUGGAAAGACAACUCUCGCCCAACUAGCUUUUAAUAAUGCUGAGGUUACGGCUCAUUUUGAGAAAAAGAUAUGGGUGUGUGUUUCAGAUCCAUUUGAUGAGGUUAGGAUAGCAAAAGCUAUCCUUGAGGCGCUUCAAAGGGGUGCACCGAAUUUAGUUGAAUUGGAAUCCCUUUUGCAAAGUGUUUCUGAAUCAAUUAAGGGAAAGAAGUUCCUUCUUGUCCUUGAUGAUGUAUGGACAGAAAGUCAUGGGCAAUGGGAACCACUGAAACUAUCUUUCAAAGGCGGUGCACCAGGAAGCAGAAUUCUAGUGACCACUCGUAAACAUGCUGUCGCAACAAUGAUGGGAACGGACUACUGGAUCAACCUUGAGAGAUUAUCUGAUGAGGUAUGCAUGUCAAUAUUCAAUCAGGUGGCAUUCCAUAAAAGAAGCAAAGAUGAGUGCGAAAGAUUGACAGAAAUAGGCGGCAAAAUUGCAAGCAAGUGCAAGGGCUUGCCUCUAGCUGCCAAGGUAUUAGGAGGUCUAAUGCAGUCUAAAAGAACAAGAGAAGAGUGGGAACAUGUUUUAUCUAGCGAACUGUGGGAGCUAGAACAUGUUGAAAGAGCACUAUUUCCACCUUUGCUUUUGAGUUACUACGAUUUACCUUCUGUGGCAAGACGAUGUUUCUUGUAUUGUGCCAUGUUUCCAAAAGACUACGAGAUGGGAAAAGACCAAUUGGUGAAGAUGUGGAUGGCUCAAGGUUAUCUUAAGGAGACUCCAAGUAGAGAUAUGGAGCUUGUUGGAGAGGAGUAUUUUCAAGUCUUAGUAGCACGUUCUUUCUUCCAAGAUUUUCAGAUGGACGAGCAUGAAGGUAUGACAUUCAAGAUCCAUGAUAUAGUGCAUGAUUUUGCCCAAUUUCUGACAAAAUAUGAAUGUCUAACAGUAGAUGUCAAUAACCUUGGAAAACAAAAAACGGAGACGACAUAUGAAAGGGUUCAUCAUUUAAGCAUGAAGCUGUCAGAGGAGACCUCUUUUCCCAUGUCUAUUCACAAAGCAAAAGGUCUUCGCAGCCUCUUGAUUGACAGUAGAGACCCUUCACUAGGAGCUGCACUAGCUGACGUAUUCAAGCAGUUGACAUGCAUCAGGUCAUUGAAUUUGGCAGAGUCUUCGAUCAAAGAAAUGCCAAACGAGGUAGGGAAAUUGAUACAUUUAAGACACCUCAAUUUGGUAAGUAGUGUAAAGUUGCAGUCCCUGCCAGAAACCAUGUGUAAUUUAUGCAAUCUGCAAUCCCUAAACGUGUCUGGGUGUUGGUCUCUCAAGGAAUUACCUCAUGCGAUUGGAAAGCUUACCAAGUUGAGGCAUCUGAAGAUUGUUUAUUCAAGUGUAGCAUUCAUACCAAAGGGAAUGGAGAGGAUAACUUGUCUUCGAACAUUAGAUCGUUUUACUGUGUGUGGUGGUGGUGAGAAUAGAAGUAAAGCAGCUAAUUUAGGAGAAUUAAAAAACUUAAAUCACAUUGGAGGGAGUCUCACGAUAUGUAACCUGAGAGAUAUAGAAGAUGUGAGUGAAGCUGUGGAAGCACAACUCAAGAAUAAGAAGCGCUUGCUUCGUUUGGAAUUGCAAUUCGAUGGGUUGAAAACAGAGUUGCAAGCGAAUGAGGAUGCUUUAAUUGAAGCUUUACAGCCCCCGUCAGAGUUGGAAAAUUUAAUCAUAUCUGAUUACGGAGGGAUAUUUUUACCCAAUUGGAUGAUGAUAUUAACCAGAUUACAGAAACUUGUGCUCGUAAAUUGUAGAAACGUCGAUGUUUUGCCACCGCUGGGAAGAUUGCCCAACCUUGAAAGCCUUUCUUUAACAGGGUUGAAGCUGAGAAGGUUGGAUGGUGGAUUUUUAGGCAUAGAAAAUGUUGGCAAUACCAAUAUUAAUGAAGGAGAAAUUGCAAGAGUCACUGCUUUCCCCAAAUUGAAAAAACUUAGCAUAUGGCUUCUCAAAGAACUAGAGGAGUGGGAUGGGAUUGAAAGGAGAGUGGGAGAAGAAGAUUCCACCUCGACUUCAAUAUUCAUCAUGCCACAACUUGUUGAGUUUAGAAUUCUCAAAUGCCCAUUGUUGAGAGCACUACCGGACUAUGUUUUGACAGCGCCUCUACAGAAAUUCUCCAUAGAGUACUGCCCCAAUCUAAGGAAACGUUACAAUAGGGAGGAGAUGGGUGAAGAUGGGCACAGGAUUUCUCACAUCCCAAACAUUUUAUUUAAAGAAUAGUUAAGAAAGCUAACGGUUAAAUUCUUGCUACCCUAAUUUAUUAGCGUAAUUCAAUUUCGUACAAAUCUUCAUUUUAA